ACACCAUUGUCCAUUGUGUCCACUGACCUCUAUAUUUACCACUGGACAGGCUGUUGUCAACGUGCUUUUGUGCCCGUUUGAUAAUCGCCAUUUUGGCGCUGUUAGAUGUAGCGAGUGUCCGUGGUACUAAAAUUAUUUUACAGUGAACCAAUGAACAAACACUUCUCUCACAGCCAUUUGAAAUUAUACGUCAAAAUUAGUUCUGUGGACACUCGCUUAGACGAUAUUGGCGCUUCAAAUGGGCACAAAAAAAUUGUUGUCAAACGUACGGAACAGCCGGUCCAGUGGUAAAUAUAGAGGUCAGUGAUUGUGUCAAACAAACAAACUGUCAAAGUCAAACGAGUUUAAAUUUUCAAAACUUUGGUGUUUAGCGGUCGAAAGCUCGAAAUUUAUGAAUCUAAAAUAAUAAUUUACGCUUGAAUAAAAUAAUAAACAAAUUCUAAAUCGCAACAGAAGCAGCAACAAAGAUGCCAUCAGUAUACACAUUCUCCCGCAGCGACAAUGAGAUCAUGCAGGAGUUGCUCCGAGUCUUCAGUUCUGGUCGUGGCACGGCUCGGGAACAGUGGAGCAUGCAGGCGGAGCUGCUGGUGGAGCCUGUCGGGUGGGACGCCUUGUGGAAAUUGUCUAAAGAUUUCUGUAAAAAGUUUGAAGUGAGAUUUCCCUGCAUCGCCUACAUCACAGUGACCUCAGUAGACUUUGAGAACCUGUCCGCCUGCGUAGACGUGCUGAGCGUGCAACAUGAGUCCGUGUCUCUGCCGGAGAACAUUGUAGAUGUGCCUCUGAUUGAACUGUGGCCGACCAUGAAGCAGAGAGAACAGUGUAUCAAUGCUGCUACAACGGCUGAGUUUAUUGAUUUGUUGAGAUUCUACUACAACGACAUCUGGAUGCCAUGGGACGAUGCAGACGACAAAGUUCUACUCCCAAACACAAUAGAAGAACGCAUGCAACUCUGGUCUGAUAUGCACAACGGUAGCAUACCGAACUGUGUGGCCCGGUCCAUCACGCUGCUGAGGAACAGUGCCAUAGAUGCCCAUGAGAAGCUCCGGCAGCUGGACUCCUCGCUGUGUGAGGGGGACCUGGCUAAUGAUGAUGACUCCCUCCUACCUCCAAACUACAUAUCCUUAUGCGCGGAGAUGAACGCCCGGCUCGACGGGCUGAUGUCCAAGUGGACUCUGUACGAGAACUCGCUCAUCAGAGAACAGUAUCUAGCGAAGGAACGGUCCAAGUGGCAGAAGAAUAAGUGUAAGAAAAAUGUAGUAGCCCUCUGGCAGGGCGGCUCAGUGUUCGAGUUCGGCGAGAUAUCCAAGUUCCUGGUCUCCCACCUGACCAACGAGUACACUCUCAGCGUGAUGACGUCACCGGAGGAUGCUCUGCUGCUUGAGCCUGAGGAGCUGGUCGUCUGCAGCAGCAGCUACCAGCUGCCUGAAGUGCCGCUGUCCAAUAUUAAUAUUACGAGUUUUAAUGGCGCUACCCUCCAGGCAUCAGACAUGCGUUCCUGCCUCCUCAUGCUAUCUGACGACUGCCGACUCCGGGAGCUGACGUUACAGUGUGAUACAGUGAACACGGUCAUUGUGAUGAGAGCAGGAACUCUGCAUAUAGCUCGCUGUAAUAUUGCUGACCAGUCUAGCAGUUCACAGAGCGACUUCGCACAGGGUUUAGUCGCGAUGUCUGGAGCAAAGAUUCUUAUCGAGGAGUGCACGUUUGAUAACUUUUACUCUGGUAUCGUCGUUCAUAAAGGAGCUCAGGUGGAACUGCGAAACUGCACAAUAAAUAACUGUGGAGUAGGCAUACAGAUGUACGCCGGCUCUCAAGUAGAACUGAACGAGACCGUCAUAGCCAAGUGUUCGGAGCAGUGCAUCCGAUGUGAGAUGGACACCACUGUUGAAGAAGGCGAUAAACUUGCUAACCUUAAUGGCGUUGAAGGAUUACUAGUGCAUGCGAACUGCAAAAUCGGCUCCGGCAAGCUACAGAAUGAAGUUUUAGUUGUCCAACAGGACGUCAAUAUAUGAAAAAAUACAUACAAUUUAUAAUACAACAGACAAGUGGUAAUUAUUUAUAUAUUUUGUAAGUCAUAAUGAGAUAUUUUAUUAAUAGUUGGCGCCAAAUAAGUUUGCAAUUCUGAAGUUAGCUGUUUGACGCUACACGCAUGCGCAAUAGUAUUUUGUUUUUUACUAUUUUGAAGUCAAUUUUAGCCAUCUUCGGACAAGUCUUCGAUAUAUAUAAUAUGACGUCGUGUGUAUUUCGCUACUGUAUAAACACUACAAGAAAUAUCAGCGCAUCAACAUCGUUAUCCACUCAUUUCAUCCAAUAACAAACAUGCACCACACUGCAAGUGUAUUGCAAGUCUAUGAUUUAAUUAUUAUUUUUAAGAAAAAAAUAUGCGGGUAUCGUUGACAUUGGCAUCGACGAUUCACUUGCCAUUAACCAAGAAUAGAAUAGAACAUAGGCGGGUAAAUUAUUUGUAUGGAUGUUCUUGUCUAUCGUUAGAAUAUAUGUCAAUGGGACGAGUAAAGCUUCUUAAAAAUGUUUACUUACAGGAACAAAUACGUAAUAAGUCAAAUGGCUAACUUCGUCCUUUCAGAAAGACCGGGAGAGGAGAGCAAAUUCUUAAUGCAUUGCAAAUCGAGUAGUUAGUAGUUGUAGUAAGGUUUAUUUUUGCAUGUGCACUGCUGUUGUCAUUAAAAAUACUCGAAGGCGCUCGGUGUGAAAUAAUAAAAGGAGCCGAUCGGCUCCGGUCGUGUACUUUUUCUCGGUCUUGCAAACGUUUGGCUCCGAUUGCAUGCUCUUUCAACCGAACGGAGCCGAUCGGAGCCGAUUCCGGUCCGUGUGAAAAGGAAAAUGCGCGCCGAUGCUCUCCGACCCAGUCUGUCUGAACGGAGGCUUAAGAAUUGAAAAGAUAUUUGGUGCGAAUUGUACUGAAAAUGAUUUGUAUGUGCCUUGUCAUUUGAAAUGAUGUAAUACUCUAUUCAGUCUCUGUGUUUAUUAAGUUUCAUAUUUAAGUACCUAUUUUUCAUCUCAAUAUAAUAUGAUUUUAUUUUACCAAAGUUUAUUUUUACAUUCAUGCUCACGAAUAGCAAUAUAGAUGCAGCCUUAAUUGGUAAAAUAAAUAACUUAACAUAUGAAAUUAUAACAACAUAUUUUGACGUAAGUUUCACCAUUUCACUAUAACGAUAACCAGCCGUGAAACUGCUAUAGUUAUCGGCACGAAUCUUGGGCUCUGACCUUCACCUGCGCAGAAGUAAUUUAUUGGGUCCCUUUUGUGGUAUGAAGUGAGGCGCGGGGGCGGGCUAAAGCGGUGAUCGGCCCGCAGGGCAUCGCGUCAUAGCCGUCACUCGGGAUUGGAUCUUUGCUGAUAAAUCACUUCUGCGCAGCCGUGCCGAUAACUAUACGCAUUGGUAAAUUCGGUGAUAUGACUAAACAUGAUUGAGCUAUGAAAGAAAGAAAGAAAAUACAUUUAAUUCAAACACGAAUGACGCAAGAAACAAAUAAAUAAAUAAGCUAUCGUUAUAGUAAAAUGGUGCAACCCACCACACAUAUCUUAAAAGCGAAUUAUAAAUAUUUAUGCUCUCUGUUGAAUAUAUUUUUAACUUGGCUUAAUAUUAUUAUGAUGACGAUUCAAUUUUGUAUACUUAUACCUAUAAAUCUACUGAAUAAUUUUGGAGACUGCCUUGAAAGACAUUCAAUGAAGCAUGUUAUUCACUUUGAUUAUAUAUGUAAAUGUUAUACAUAUAAGAAGGUGUAAAAUAGUUUAGGGCCAUUCGCUACUAAUUAAUGUUAUAAAUACGUAACUUUGUCAGCCUGUAUGUUAACUAAAACUACUUAAUAAAUAAUAAUAAUGCCUGGACACAUUUUCACACACGGUCGGUUAGCCCCAUGGUAAGUUAUUAAUUAACUUGUGUUAUGGGUGCUAACAUAACUGAUAGACUACAUAUAGCUACAUAUAUACAUAUUGAUAGAUACAUAUAGUAACACCCAGAUCACGGCCAACAAAUGCUCAUCACACAAAUGUCGACCGAACCGGGAAUCGAACCCGGGACCUCAGGUUCGGCAGUCCGGCAUGGUGACCAUUGCGCCAUCGAGGUCGUCGAACUUAACCAAUGCGAUUGAUGGUCCACAGAUACGGGACGUAGGUGAAAUACUGUUUCACACAAUAAUUAUUAGGUACCCAAUUAAUAUAAGUAUUUUACAUAAUAAUAAUGUUUAUUGAUUGAGCAGCUUUAAGUACCUCAUGUUGUAAGUGCCUUUAUUUACUAAAAAAUAUUAUGUUUCGUUGGAAUAAGUGAUUCCCUUUUAUGUUUUAAUAAAUAGUUUUUAA